CAAAUUUUUUUUCAACAACCAACUCGUCGUGUCGCAUGCAAUUUGUUUUGUUAAUUUUUCAAAUAAUCUCGGGCUUGGUGCUGCUGCCAAUUGUGAUCCACUACGUCUAUUACAUAAUAAAUGCGAUUGCCGGCGACUUGUGCGAGCAAAAGAGGGCCCAACAAAGGCAAUUGCUGCUGCAGAAAAGUGUCGUUAGUGCGGGUGCCGCCGUUACCGUUAUAAGCCCACCGUCGUCCACCUCGCAAGUACCAACAUCAGCAACAGCAACAACAACAAAGGCAGAUUCUUCAACAAUGCAAACAAAUGAUGACGCCAAGUUUAUUAAAAAGAGGUGGAAAGGUGGAUCCAUUGAGCCCCAUCCCACGGACAAGGCGCUGAUUGUCAACUACCAAUUGGAGGCCACAGUCUUUGGGGAGCCCAACAAUCCCAUGAUCGAGGAGAAGAAGCACUGUCAGAAAAUCAUUCGACUUCGAUCGCUGAAUGCCAAAACGGAUCCAGCGGCUCUGGCACGCGAGGUGGUGGAGAAAUGCGAUCUCAUUCACAAGUCCCAGCUUAAUGACGUCGAACAGAUUAUCUUUUACCUAAAGAAUCGCAAGGAUAAUGCCAGUAAUGAUAUUCCGGAUAACAACACGCACAGCCGGAGAUCGGCAGCGUUGCACAAUUCACAUACACGAUCCUCGGCCAGAUCGCACAGCAGCGUGGCGGCCAUGACAAGCAGCACCGGUGGUAGCAGCGGCACAGGCAGUGGAUCCGUGGCCGUGGCCACAAAUGGCGGUGGCUCCAGUGCACUGAGCACUGCUGCACAGCCCACAGCAGAUGUGUCCAUCAACAAUAUUGAUGAGUAUGUGGAGCUAUUGUACGAGGAGCUGGGCGAACGCAUUCGAGGAUCAGCCAUGAUCCUGCAAAUGGCACGCAAUCCGGAUAAUCUUGAGGAACUGGAAAAGAAUGAGGCCUGCCUUAGCGCCUUGUCGCGUGUCUUGCGCGAAGACUGGCGCAAAUCUCUGGAUCUCUCCACCAACAUCAUCUACAUCUUCUUCUGCUUCUCCACCUACACCAAGUUCCAUCCACUUAUUGUGCAAUACAAGAUUGGAUCUCUUUGCAUGGAUGUGAUUGACUAUGAGCUUCGUCGCUAUGAGACCAUGCGAAAUGAGUUGGAUGUGCGCAAGCAACCGAAUGGCUGCUCCACUCCUCACUCGGCAAAGGCCAGCAAGGAGAAGUUGAAUCGCAGCACUGAUGAUUUCCUUGACAUUAUGAAUGAGGAGAAGCCCAAGGAGAUGGAACCACCACGUCGUCGCAUUCCAGAACUGAAGCAGCGCCCCAAAUCGGGCAACUGGAGCAGUUUCCAUGGCUCUAUGUCGUCGUCGCUGAUCAAGAGCCAGAUCCUAAAUAGCAGUUACCAUGAGGCUUUGUGUGCCGGCGCUGUCGAUUCGCCCGUCGCAGCUCCCGCUGCUGUUCCCGCUGAAUUCAAGGCAGCAGCCCAGAGCCAGAGCAACGAAUCACUGGACAGGAACGAUCCCAAGGUGAAAAAGGAGGAGAUUGAUCGGCUGAACAAGCAGCUAAAGAUCUUUGCCAAGAAGCAAGAGCAACUGCUGCGUGUGGCCUUCUACCUGCUGCUGAACAUGGCCGAGAAUGUGAAGCUGGAAGAGAAGAUGCGUCGUAAGCAUAUUGUAAAGAUGCUGGUCAAGGCGCUGGAUCGCCAGAAUAUUGACCUGCUGAUGCUAGUGAGCACUUUCCUCAAAAAGCUAUCGAUUGUUGGGGAUAACAAGGACGAAAUGGGCGCCUUAAACAUUGUGGCCAAGUUGCCACGAUUGUUCCAGAGCACGCAUACGGAUCUGGUGCAGGUCACCCUGAAGCUGGUCUUCAAUCUCUCCUUUGACGGUGGAUUGCGUCGCAAAAUGAUAGCUGCCGGCUAUCUGCCCAUGCUGGUGAUGUUCAUCAACGAUGAGAAGCAUCAUGGCAUUGCCGUCAAGAUACUCUACCACAUGAGCCUGGACGAUAAGGUGAAGGGCAUGUUCACGCAAACGGAAUGCGUUCAAAUGGCCACCGAUGCCAUCAUACUAAACCUUAAUGUCAAAGUCGAUCUAGAUCUCAUUGCCCUGUGCAUUAAUCUGUCGCUGAACCGAAGGAAUGCCCAGAUUAUGGUCGAGGGACAGCGUCUGCAUAGCCUAAUGGAUCGUGCUUUCAAGUACCAGGAUGCUUUGUUGAUGAAGUUGCUAAGGAAUCUCUCGCAGCACGAGUCCCUGCAGCCACAGUUCAUCGACUAUGUGGGCGAUCUGGCUCGCAUCCUGACCAUUUGCGACGAUGAGGCUUUUAUUGUGGAGUGCCUGGGCAUAUUGGGGAAUCUGGCCCUCACCGAUUUGGAUUACUCGCAAAUCCUACAGAACUUCCAGCUAAUACCCUGGAUACGACAGCUCUUGGUGCCGUGCUCUCGACUGGAUGAUCUCGUCCUGGAUACCAUUGUCUAUCUGGGAACCUGUGCCUGCGAUGAACUAUGCGCUCUGCUCUUCUGCCGAGCCAAGGUGGUCAUCUCACUGAUUGAACUGCUGAAGGCCAAGCAGGAGGACGACGAGAUUGUGCUGCAGAUAAUCUUUGUGUUCCAGCAGAUACUGCGGCAUGAGAGCACCAGGGAGUACAUGAUCAAGGAGACCGAGUCGCCGGCGUAUCUCAUUGAUCUUAUGCAUGAUAAGAACGAGGAGAUUCGCAAGGUGUGUGACUAUUGCCUGGAUAUAAUUGCCAUCAGCGACAGUGAGUGGGCCAAGCGGAUCAAGCUGGAAAAGUUCCGCAAUCACAAUUCGCAAUGGCUGUGCAUGGUGGAGUCGCAGCAGGAUCAGGAUAAUGAGCAAGACUAUGCCGAUCAGGAGGAUGAAUGCGAUAACGAUCUGGACACGUACCUACGAUCCGAGUAUUUGGACAAUUGCAACGAUCUCUAUAAUAAUGACAAUGCCGACAAUGACAGCAAUAGCAACAAUAGUAACAAUAAUCCGGCCAGCCCGGCCAUGUCCACCUAUAGCAGGCCACUCAGCACUUAUCGUCGCAGUCAGGAUCUCGAUGAUCUGUACAACAUGACCUCCAGCUCCAAGUCACAGGGUUCGUCCAGCGAUAACAACUUUAUGUUCAAAUCGAACAAAUCCCUGGACGCCGACGGGCUGCAUGAGGAGCUGUUAAUGGCUUAGAGCAGCUAACACAAAACCCAAAACGAAAACCGAAAUCGAAAUCGAUCAAAUUUUUAAUUAAGACGCUUCUGCAGAUGUUCGUUCCCAUUGUACAUGUUUAGUCACAGGCCUUCGAGUUGGACAAAGAAGGCUCAGCCCAGACUUCAGACUCAGCUAUUUAUAUUAUACAUGCGAUUUAUAGGAUAUAUAUUUAUAUAUACUAUAUAUAUUCACGCUUUGUUAGUUACUAAAGUUAAAUGGUUUUUAGCAACGCGGCCCCCCACUUUGUACUCAAGACAUUCAAAUCGAUUGACGAGUUUACGAAGUCUUAACUUUAAUCUUCGGUUACGCUUUGCUCAUUUACCUUAUAUAUACUGUUUAUUUGUUAUUUAUUAAUAUAUAAUUUGUAAUUUAUUGAGGCCUAGUAAUGCGUUUAGCUUCACUUUAAGUCAUCGCCCGCAAUGCAAUGCAACUAUUGUGCAAUAUUAUCUCUCACUGAAAAGUAUUACGUAAAACGUUUUUUUUAGUUGUACAUACUACUUGGUUGUCUAAUUUUCUUUUAAUUGAUCGCUUUGCUUAAUUUUUAAUGUUUAUAAUUGCUUAUACACCUAACCAAAACGAACGAAAAAAAGUCAAAUUGUAAUAUUAUUAAUGGACGGCAAGAAGGGAAAGCCCUGAUGAAAAAUAUAUACAAAG